GUCAUAGUCAGUCAGUCCGCGGCUCUCGUUCCUGAUAAGAUGAUUUGACACGAGCGCAUGACAAUGUAGUUAUAAAUAUUGUCGAGCGGAGGUUAAAAAUUGUUUAAACUCAAGCAUAUGCGCAAAAGAAAAGUUGUUUCGUCGCUAGUAUCUUCUUAUUUGAAAGAGAAAAAUAUGCGGGAGUGUUUUAGUCCUUCGAUAUCCUUUCCGGGGGAAAUUGUUGCCUUGAGUAAGAAGAACGUUUUCCUUUUUUCCUCGUGAACAUCGAACUUAGCUGUCAAACCGUCGGGCCGGGAAAAGGGGGAAAAAGUGAGAAAAGUGAAAAGGAAAAUUGUGGUACCUAACCUCAAAGGGAGAGUUUUGAUUCGGCAAUAUGUGAAGGUGAAGGGUUCGUGAAGCAGCUGGUCCAGCUGAGUGUUCUUCAUCUCGUGUGAGGAUAACCGAGGGCCACGUGGACGCGUUGGAAGCCCAGAAAAAUAUGUGCCAGUAUGUCCGAGAGCGGUGUGCAAGUAGCGUGCGAGGAGAGCGAGAAGAAGGCGUCAAUCUACGUCUUUCCGGGGUUACCACCUCCACUUCCGGUGCGACCAGCAACGGCGUCAGCAACUCUCGGAGGGAAUUCCGUUUCCAGCAGAGGCAGCGACGAAGGCCGCGUGGACGAAGACGACGAAGAUGGGAGCAAGAGGAAACGAAGACUUCCACCCUCCAGGACCCACGCGAGGUCUGCGAGUCAUGGGGGUGUCCUGGCGACAACUCCGUCGCCAUGGCCGUCCACUGGCCUACCCACAGGGUCGGCGUUCUCGACACCUGGAGGUGCCACGGGUACGAUGACGGGUCGACCCUCGGCUCUGAAGAAGCCAGGACACCAGAGGGCAUUCAGUCAAGGUCAAGUUGUGGAUGUCCAGGGCCAGCCAGUAAUGGCCCACAACCGAGUGGGUUCGAAAACGGACUUUAUCUUGCCACCAGGACAUCGAGAGGAUCCUCGACCUCCAAGCAGCGGGAAGGUUCCUUCCUUUCGAGGUCACUCUCGACAAGCCUCCAGAUCCGAGUCUAUUUACACGAUACGACGUAGUGAAGCGCCUCCUUGGUGGAUGAGACUCUGGGCCCGAUGCUUUGGAUCCCCUCCGGAAGAACCCAGACUUAGGACAAUUAUUCCCAAUCAUUUGGUACCACCAAAAACUCCACCAAGUCGACAUCCCAAUGGGUUUAGAAUAGACAACAGGGUACGCACAACAAAGUACACGACUUUGAGCUUCCUGCCCCGCAACCUCCUGGAGCAAUUUCAUCGGGUCGCGAACUUGUACUUCAUCUUUAUAGUUUUUCUAAAUUGGUUUCCUGAAAUCAACGCAUUUGGAAAAGAGAUUGCAAUGUUCCCUGUCCUUUUUGUGCUGGGAGUCACCGCGCUCAAGGAUUUUUGUGAAGACAGAAGAAGACUGGCAAGUGACAACAGAGUCAACAACUCCACCUGUCGAGUCUACGUCAGUGAUGGAGAUAGAUAUAUGAAGAUGGCAUGGAAGGACAUCAGAGUCGGCGACCUGGUCCACUUGUCAAACAAUGAAUUGGUUCCGGCUGAUCUUUUAUUGCUGAGAAGCAGCGAUCCUCAGGGAUUUGCGUAUCUCGAUACCUGUAAUCUGGAUGGGGAAACCAAUUUGAAACAACGACAGGUGGUAAGGGGUUUCCUCGAUAUUCAGGACUCCUUUCAGCCUUGCAAAUUUCGAUCGGUUCUCGAAAUCGACAAACCCAGCACCAAAAUUUAUAGGUUUCACGGAGCCGUGGUUCAUCCGAAAGGUGCCAGAGUGCCUGUCUCGACGGAAAAUCUUUUACUCAGGGAGUGUGUUCUGAAGAAUACUGAUUUCGUCGAGGGUAUUGUAGUUUAUGCUGGUCACGAGACUAAAGCGAUGCUCAACAAUGGGGGGCCUAGGUACAAGCGUUCGCGACUAGAGAGACAAAUGAACUUGGAUAUAAUUUGGUGCGUGGUUAUUUUGGUGGUGUUGUGCAUUGUCGGGGCAGCAGGAUGCAGACUUUGGCUCUCGGCUUACACCAAUGUCGGACCCGUACCUUUCCUGCCAAUUAUUCAAGACCCGACCUACGAGGGAAUGCUCACAUUUUGGACAUUCGUCAUCAUUCUGCAGGUGAUGAUACCUCUCAGUCUCUAUGUCACUCUUGAGAUGGCCAAAGUUGGACAAGUUUACCACAUCGGCCAUGACCCUCUCCUCUACGAUCCGGAAUCUGGUCGAAGAGCCGAGUGUCGGGCUCUCAAUAUCACCGAAGAACUCGGACAAAUUCAGUAUAUAUUUUCGGAUAAAACGGGAACGCUCACUGAGAAUAAGAUGAUCUUCAGAAGAUGUGCAGUGGGCGGUCAGGAUUACGCACACACCGGGGACGGCGAAAAUUUGAUGCCGUCGACAAGAUUGAAGGAGGAUUUAUUGAUAGGAAAUUGUAGACAUCGCUUACAAGAGUUUCUGGUUUUAUUAGCUGUUUGUAACACAGUCGUGGUGAAUACUCAUCCUCAUCGUGACAUUAUGAACUCUAGCGGAGUAAUCGAAGAACCUCAAAAAAAUGGAGGAGGUAGCUCAAGAUACGUGAGGCUGGCCGAGUCAAGGAGUGUCACUCCAGUUCCAAGUUCUCAGCCCACCGAGCCUUCAACUCCGCCGCCAAUAUUGACAUUAACUCCACCCACUUUGGCAUCGUCAACAUCAACCUCUCCAAAUCACGGAAUUCCUCUUUCUGCGAUGCCCUCCUCAACUCAAGUGCCAUCGAGCAACGACUCCCCCAAUUUCCGUAGCAAAGUCCUCAGGCCGAGGUUAUUAAAUUUAAGAUCAAUUCCAAACUUGGGCAUGGACUUGGUGAGAAAACUUUCGCCCAUGGGCCAAAGAGGAAACCAGUCGGCAGAUGACGGAGUCAAGACUGUUGCGGCCUUGCCGGAAAUUUACGAGGCUGAAAGUCCUGAUGAGUUGGCUCUGGUGCAUGCCGCGCGAGCCUACAAUGUCAAACUUAUCAAACGAACUCCUCGUACUGCUGUAGUUUCUCUACCUGACAAUUCCACCCUCGCUUUCGAAGUUUUGCAUGUGUUGCCAUUUGACUCUAGUAGAAAAUGCAUGUCAAUCGUCGUACGGCAUCCCGUAACUGGUGAAAUAGUCCUCUACAGUAAGGGUGCAGACUCAACAGUAUUAGGUUCGUUGUCCUCGGCGGAUGAAGAUACAACAACGACGACGAAGCUCCAUCAGCAGUUGAAUGCUUACGCCCGACAAGGUCUGCGAACACUCGUGAUGGCUCGACGAACCCUCGGACUUCAGGAAUUUGAAGUCUGGCAGCAAAGACACGCAGAAGCCGAGCUGGCGAAUGACAAUCGUGAACGGCGAAUCCGGGAUUCGUACUCGAUUUUGGAAUCGCACUUGACACUGCUUGGCGUUACGGGAAUCGAGGAUAAGCUUCAAGCUGGAGUUCCGGAAGCGAUGGCGGCUCUCGUAGCAGCCGGAAUGGUCGUCUGGGUUCUAACUGGGGACAAGCCAGAAACUGCUGUGAAUAUCGCCUACUCGGCCUGUUUAUUCACGCCGGCGAUGCAGCUGCUGAGAUUGCAAGCGAGGUCCAAGUCCGUGGCCGAGAGUUUGAUUCACGGUCACCUGGAAGCGAUCCAGCGAGAAAAUGCGGCGGCAAGUGAUGGGAUACAGAGGCAAAUGGGCGAAUAUCAUGGCGCUGGGGAAAUGGGUUCACACGAACUUGACUCGGCCGAACGAGUGGCUUUCCGGAUUGGAAGUACUUGGCAGCGGCAGCGAGCUCUUGUCGUCGACGGGAAGACAUUGACUUUUAUUCUUGAUCCCAGAUCAGGACUGACCACUCCUUUUCUCAAUUUGACGAGAGCUUGCUCGAGUGUUCUUGCUUGUCGUGCUACUCCUCUUCAGAAGGCCUACAUUGUGAGAGUUGUGAAAGAACAAUUGGGAAUGAGAACUUUAGCGAUUGGUGAUGGAGCCAAUGAUGUCAGUAUGAUUCAGACAGCAGACGUCGGAGUUGGAGUUUCAGGCCGAGAAGGAACUCAGGCAAUCAUGGCAUCGGAUUUUGCGAUCGCUCGAUUUCCCAUGCUCUCGAGACUUCUGCUCGUUCAUGGCCACUGGUGUUACGAUCGCCUAGCCCGGAUGGUUCUCUACUUUUUCUACAAGAAUGCCACCUUUGUCUUCCUCCUUUUCUGGUUCCAGCUUUAUUGCGGAUUCUCGGGAGCAGUGAUGAUCGAUCAGAUUUAUCUGAUGCUCUACAAUCUAUUCUUCACUUCACUGCCGCCACUCGCUCUGGGUAUCUAUGAUCGAAUCGCUCCAGGAAAAGUCCUUUUUGCCAAUCCGCAACUUUACAAAAGAGGACGUUUGGCUCUCGUUUAUCAGCCACAUUCAUUCUGGCUCACGAUGGCAGAUGCUCUGUAUCAGAGCAUUGUCAUUUUCUUUCUCACGGAAGCUGCUUAUCAUGACUCGGACGUUGAUAUUUGGGAAUUUGGAACGACAAUUACUACCUCUUGUUUAGUUGCGAUGUUAAUCAACGUCAGUAUAGAAACCAGAUCCUGGACUUUGAUCCACGGAGCUGCGAUUUUGGCAUCUCUUGGAGCCUUUUUUGGAUUUUGCCUCCUUUACAACGCAGUUUGCAUCAACUGUAUGGGACUGCCAGGUUCCUAUUGGGUUAUGCAGAAGGCAAUCACCAGACACGCUUUUUGGCUCACAGUCAUUUUAGCUUCAGUUCUCGCCAUGUUGCCCAGGUUACUAUACAGAGCUGUGAGAACAACUGUAGCACCGGACAUGAUUCAGCGCACAGUUUCUGAGUACGCAUCCAAAAACGGAGCGCAGUCUAGAGUAGGAAGAAUUCCAGAAAGAAGCGAGGCAGAUUUGGUAGCUUGGUCUCGAUCAACUCAACAUGCUACAAUCAGUGCUUAAUUGCAGGCCAGAGAGUUACGAGUCGAAAAACAACGUAUUGACGACAAUAGUUGCCUGAAAUCUGGGAACUCCUCUUUAAGUAAACUAGGAAGUGAAAAGAAGAGAAUUUUAUCUAAUCUUAGCCGAAUUCCUAUAUAAGACUACCAUAAUAGAGAACAAAUCUGCCUGUGAGCAAGAAAGCUGCAAAAUAUAUCGUAUUAAUUAAUUAUAGUAGUAUAGCUAAGCGGUGGUUCACUGCUACUUACCGAGCGAGCAUGGUUCUGUUACCGACAGAAAAUUUACCGACAGCAGAUAAUUACCAUUGGUCGGUAGUGCAGAUUCCCUCAAGAUUCAUGAGGGAAAAAACAUCUGGUCUCGAUAACUUAGCGUGGACGAGAACUCGCUCAGCUGUACUACUAAUGAUAAUCAGUCACUGCUGUGUCUAUUUUUUUCGUCAAGUGGCCUUAAUCGCAGACUGUUGUUCGUUGCAUUUAUUGGCUGUGACUUAUAGGGACCAAGUCUGUUCUUAGUUCAAUUAGCAUCGAAAGAUGCGAUCGCAAUCGGAGAUAGAAAAAAAAAAUAAAUAAACGAGAGAACAAGAAAACUGUUCAAUGAGAGUAGACAUUUAAAUAAUUAUGUAAAAUAUGUAAAAUAGGUGACAAAUGUUGUUUCAAAAUGUGCAUAGACGAUUGUAGAAGUAUAGAAAGUAGAUAGGCGUGUUUUUAAAGACGACACGUAUUUUGUUAUUCAGCUGAUAUCGACGCUGAUGCCUGUAUUACUACAUAUUAUUAUUAUUUUUAUUAUUAUUAAUAUUGUAUUAAUUUUAAAGAGAUAUGUGAGACAUACUUAAUAGAUUUUUACGAUUACGAUGUACCUUAGAAGUAUUAGGAGAUAUGUAUUUUGAUAAAUUACGGAUUAGCCGAGGUGGCGAUGAAGUCGCUCUUUUUAAGAGAACGGAGAAAGAUUUUUAAAAACUGAUUGAUUUUUAAUAAUUGAGGUUUGAGUUGUAUAUAUAUGAAAGAAAAAAAAAGAGCAUCUAAUUUAUUCGCUUGUAAUUAUAUUUCUGUAUCUUCGAGUAAUGACCGGCUCCUUAAUUCUUUUCUUAUUUAUACUUUUCUGUGCCAUGGACACCACUUUUCUGUAUGUUAUAUUAGGCAAUUUUAUAAACGUAACGGAGAUGUGAGGCGAAUAAAUCGUGGCUUUAUUUUAUUCAUUAA